AUGUCAAAUUUUACCGAUCCAUUCAAUGUGAUUUUAACACAAAUGGGGGUUUUACAAACUACGCCAAUCACAUUGUCCAUAGUGCAAAUCAUUUUUGAAGCAAUCAUUGCUAUUCUAGUUGCCCAAUUUUUAAAAGAUUCACAAAUUAAAUACAAAAACGAUGCCGCCGAAGUGUUAUCAAAACGUAAAAUCGAAUUUGAUUUUAUCGUUGUUGGUUCAGGAAGUGGUGGAUCAGUUACAAGCGCAAGAUUGAGUGAAUCACCCCAUCACACAAUUCUAAUAUUAGAAGCCGGUUGUUAUGAUCCAAUGCCAGUUACUGAAGUGCCCGCAUUUUUUACGUCUUUCAUGCGAUCAAACCAAGACUGGCAAUAUUUUAGUAAAGACAAUCGAACCUGUGCAGGAAUGCAGGGUGGAUGUUGGACACCACGCGGAAAAAUGUUUUGUGGCACUCCUGCCAUGAACUGUAUGUUUGAUAUUCGUGGUUCGCCUCAUGUAUACGAUUUAUGGGAAUCGGAGUAUAAAUGCAAGGGCUGGAGUUUUAAAGAUUGUCUUCCGUAUUUUUUAAAAUCGGAAGGCAACACGGUUCCAGGUUUGAACAGCAAAUAUCACUGUAGUAGCGGACCGUUGUUGAUAUCACAAUAUUACAGUGACGAUACGAAUAAGUUUAUAAUGGCCGGUGUUAGUGAGUCUGGUUUCCCGAUAUUGAACGAUGUUAACGUUCCGCAUGGACCGGGCAUAUGCAACGCACACGGAACUCUGUUUAAUGGCCGACGGUACGCUGUGUGCAAGGCAUAUGUGAAUCCAAUCCAAUAUAGAUCCAAUUUGAAAAUUGUUAAAUGUGCGGUGGUGACUCGAGUUAUAUUCAAAAAAAACAAGGCUAUCGGUGUUGAGUUCUAUUAUAAUGGUAAACAAUAUGUGGCAUAUGCUCGAAAAGAAGUAAUAUUGUGUGCUGGGGCCAUCGGCACUCCAUUGAUAUUACAAUUAAGUGGAAUUGGUCUACAAGAAGAUUUGAAUGAUAACCAUAUAAAGUCAUGGCUCCCAUUACCUUCUGGACGAUAUUUGCAAGACCAUUUAGGUGCUUUUAUAUGGAUGUCAUUUUCUGGGCCCACUCUAUCAGCUGGCCAAUUAUUCAGCAGUAUUGUGCAAUAUUACAGUGAUCCAAGAUCGGGUGAUUUUUCUGGCAUUGGAACAUUAUCCAGUGUUUUCUUUGCCAAUACCGAAUCAAAUCCGCUUCCACACAUCGAAGGUUAUUUCCUUCUAUUUGCGAAGCAAUCUUUAAAUCUUCCCGUUAUUUUAGCCGUAACAGCAUAUAAGCAACCAAUCGUCGAUGAAUUACUUAAAAUAAAUCAGGAAAGAGUCGUUUUAUUGGGAAUUCCUACGUUACUAGAUGGAAAGGCGCGCGGGAAAAUUGGAUUGAAUGGCGUCAACGGUCCAAAUGCUUUUCUGAAUCCAUACAUAUUUUAUGAUUACCUUAGCGAUCCUUAUGACCGAACAUCUUUAAUACAAUCCAUUAAGCUUAUAUUGUCAUUUUUGGAUUCACCAACCUGGAAAGCUGCAGAUGGACAAUUCAUUCGAUUACCUUUACCAGAAUGCGAACAGUAUACUAAUAUUACAUCGGAUGAAUAUUAUAAUUGCUAUCUAUACUACAUGGGAGCAACCGUAUAUCAUCCAGCCGGUACUUGUCGAAUGGGACCUACGCCAAAGAAACACGAAAUACCAGCAAAAUCCGUUGUCAAUACUGAAUGUAAAGUUCAUGGCACAGAAGGAUUAGCUGUUGCUGAUGCAUCAAUAAUGCCAUUGCUUGUUUGGGGUAAUCCAAAUGUUCCCAUUGUGAUGAUGGCAGAAAAAUGUACGGAUUUCAUAAAAAAACGCUACGACAUACCAACUUCUCGAGCAGGCUGCAGAAAAAUUGAACAAAAUUCUGAAAAAUGUUGUUGCAAUUCAUCGCCGUCUUCAUGCUCGUCGUCUUCCUCCUCUUCGUGCUCGUCGUCUUCAUCGUCAUCCUCGUCGUCUUCAUCUUCUUCAUCUUCAUCUAGUUCAUCCUGUCAUUGUUAA